GUUAUCUCUGGCCUGAAAGUCCACCCAGACAGAGAGCACCUGGUCUACCCUCUAGGAUCCACUGUCAUUGUCAAGAGAAUUACAGACGGAAAGCAGGAGUUCCUGCACGGACACACAAACAAUGUGUCCUGUCUCUCAGUGUCCAGAAGUGGUUUAUACGUCGCCUCUGGACAGGUCAACUUCAUGGCCUUUAAGGCUAUGGUUAUUAUAUGGGACUUUGCUCAGAGAUCAGUCCACGCUCAGCUGCUGCUGCACAAGGCCAAAGUAGAGGCACUGGCUUUCUCUCCUAAUGACAAGUACCUGGUGUCCCUGGGGGGUCAGGAUGACGGCAGCAUCGUCGUAUGGAAUAUAGAAACCAAGCAGGCCAUCUGUGGGAGUCCGGCUUCAGCUCACAGCACUGGUCACUGCCUCACUCUGCAGUACUCAAACACAAAUGACAACGUCUUCGUUUCUGCCGGGAGCGGCACAUUGCGAGUCUGGGAGUUGGAUGUUGCUAACAGGAAGAUUAGACCAACAGACUGUCAGACUGGGAAGUUGAAGAGGACGGUGAAAUGUGUAGAGGUACGAAGACAGGACAGUCUACAGUCACUCCGUAGACCGUUCAUAGAAACCAUGUUCUCCAGAAUGAGAAAAUGAGA